AUGAGUUCUACUGUUGCUUCAAGUAGUAAUAAUAUAGAGAAUGAUAUUUCGGACACAUCGACAUUCUCUAUAGAUGAACCUCAAGGACUACCAAAUUUUAUUCAGUUGGCAGAUCAAAUUACAGAUUUGAUUUUGGAGAAGGAACGACAUGAAUCAAUUCCUGAACAUAUCGGAACAGAAACUACAAUUAUAACUCAUGCAAUUUCUGAUGGAAUAAGAGAAAAACAGGUAUACAAAAACAAAGAGGUUCUUACAACAACAAUUGGUCUCUAUGCCAUAAAAAACAAUUUUCAGUUCAAGGUCCACAAAUCUUGCAAAAAAGAAUAUCAGUUGAAGUGCCUUGAUUCAGAAUGUACGUGGUCAUUUCGUGCUGCAAGAUAUGGAAAGACAGAUAUGUUCCAACUUAGGAAGUUCAAUCGUGCCCACACAUGUUCCUUGGACAUUAUUCUUGGAGAUCACCGACAAGCUUCAAGUAGUAUGGUUGGAAAUGUUGUGAAGACCAAGUUCACAGAUCCAAAAACAAAUUAUAGACCUAAAGAUAUAGCUAAAGACAUGUUGGACAGAUAUGGAGUUUCCAUGAGUUACCAAAAAGCACGGCGAUCUAAGGAAAAAGCAGUUAAUUAUGUACAUGGUUCAAGUCAAGAUUCCUACCGAGACAUUCCACGAUAUCUGCACAUUUUGAAGCACAAAAAUCCAGGUACUGUAACAGAUUUGCAAAUUGAUAGUCUAAACAGAUUUAAAUAUCUUUAUAUGGCUAUGGGACAAUCAAUUCUAGGUUGGAAACAUUGCAUUCCAGUAAUUGUUGUUGAUGGAACAUUCCUAAAAGCUGCAUUUGGCGGUACACUUCUCACAGCUUCAACACAAGAUGCAAAUAGACACAUCUUCCCAUUGGCUUUUGCUAUAACAGAUUCGGAAAACAAUGAUUCAUGGGAGUGGUUCUUCAGAAAAAUAAAAGAAUGUUAUGGAGAAAGAGAAGAGUUGUGUAUAGUUUCAGAUAGACACGAAAGCAUAGAGAAUGCUAUAAAAAAUGUCUUUCCAAAUGUAACUCAUGGAGUGUGCUCCUACCAUCUUUUCUGCAACAUAAAGACCAAGUUUAAAACAGACGCAGAGGCAACCAGUAUUGCAUUUCAUGCUGCUGCAAAAGCUUAUAACAUGGAAGAUUUUGAAAAAUACAUGAAGGACUUGGACAGUUUACAUGAAGGAAUCCGUCCUUUUCUGGCCAAUGAGGUUAAAUAUGAAAAGUGGGCAAGAAUCCACUCCAAAAGUCGUAGAUAUGCAGCUAUGACUUCAAACAUAGCUGAAUCCAUUAAUGCAGCACUAAAAGAAAUGAGAGAGCUUCCAGUAACAACAUUACUCGAGUGCCUUAGAAACCUGAUUCAAAAAUGGAGCUACAACAACAAAAAAGAAGCAGAAGCAACAUUUACAGAAUUGCCAAAGAAACAAGAGGAAUACUUAAGAAAGAACUUUGUCAAGUCAUUAAGAAUGACUGUAGAACAAGCUAGCACACUCAUUUACAGUGUACACAAUGGUUUAACAACAAACAUUGUUGACAUUGCAAAGAAAUCUUGCUCUUGUAACAAGUUUGAUUUGGAUGAAUUACCUUGUGAACAUGCUAUGGCAGUCAUUAGAAAGAUGAACCUUCAGUAUAAAAAAUAUUGCUCAUAUUAUUUCACAAAACAAGCCAUGUUGAGCACCUAUAAUGCAUCAAUACAUCCAUUGGGAGAUCCAAAAACAUGGAGAGUUCCGCCUGAUGUUGAGGAAAUAGAAGUACUACCUCCAAAGGGAAACAGAAAAAGUGGAAGGCCAAGGAAAAAAAGAUAUAUCUGA